AUGAGCGAAGACGAGCGGAUCAUCAACAGAUGGUAUUUCGACGUCUGCGUGUUCAAAGCGCUCGAGAGUUUCAGAAAUGGAGACUACGCGAUUUUCGCCAACAUCAUCAACGUCAUCGAGAGUAUGGUGGUGCUGCCCAUGGAUGGACACGGAGACACCGUCCUCAAGCUGCGGGUCAUGCAGUUCCUGUCCAGGAUCAACAACGGAGACAAGCUGGAUCUGACGUUCGAGGAGCCCAAGACGCCGCUGGAGUCGGCUCUGGGCGUCCUGGAGUCCCUCUGCAGAGAGCUGGACGUCCCGCAGCGGGAGCAGCAGCGCGUGCACAACGCCAUCACCGAGAUGCUCAUAAUCGUGUGCAUCAAGAGUGGAGAGUUCGAGAAGGCCGAGGAGAUCCUGAAGAGACACUUCAGCGCAGCCGCAGAUUCGUCUGGGAAGAAGAAGCUGCUGGUGAACCUGAUCCGGAGGAGACGCUCGUCUCACUCGGUGCUGCAGCUCAGCUCCUACAGCCGAUUCAAGCAGGACAUGCUGGAGUUCAUCGAGCGGCUCUACUGCGUCCCCGAGCCCUUCCUCAUGCAGAUGCUGAAGCGUGCCGGACAUCUCCGCGCGUCUGCUGAGCCGAUGACAUCAUCACGGGAGGGGCGGCGCUCCACGCAGAAGCCCAGUGCAGCAGAGGAUCAUGGCGGCGUGUCGUCUGCGGCGCGGGUGCAGCUGAGCUUGCAGAGCCUGCGUCAGGUGUACGGCGAGCUGAGCGGGGAGUGCGGCGUGAGCGUGCCGUUCUCUCAGCUGCUGGAGGAGGUGGAGAUGGAGGCGCAGCAGCAGAGCCGAGAGACGCCCAGUGUCGAGCUCCACCUGGCUCUGUCCGAGACGCCCAUGGAGCAGAUGGAGAGAGCGGCCGAGGACGAGCCGCCCGCCGCACACAAGCCUUACGCCGGCAUGACCAUAUCGCGCUUGGUCAUGGAGGACGACAGCCAGCUCAGCGAAGACGACUCGCAGAACGACGUCACCGCCGCAGAGGAGGAGACGCAGAUCAACGGCGGCCCACCUGACCGGCCGUCCCCUCAGAGGGUGAUUAUUGGCAGUGAUCCAGAGUCGGAUGAUCCUGAGGUUCAGACUGUCAGACGAACGCCCACAGACGAGCAGCGUGAGAACAGGGUGAUUAUUGGCAGUGAUCCAGAGUCGGAUGAUCCUGAGGUUCAGACUGUCAGACGAACGCCCACAGACAAGCAGCGUGAGAACAGGGCGGUUAUUCGCAGUGAUCCAGAGUCGGAUGAUCCUGAGGUUCAGACUGUCAGACGAACGCCCACAGGCAAGCAGCGUGAGAACAGUGUCAGUGAAUCGACGUGUGUGUCGAAGGUGCGUUCAGCGGCUCAGCGCUCGACUCGCAGCAGCCCUCCGCCUGUCGGAGACGCUCACAGAAGUGGUGGUGAAUCGAGCUCAACUCCUGCGCGUCACCUGAGCAUCACUCCAUCUGUCAGACGCUCAGACAAAAAAACGCACAACAAUCGCAGGACGAUUGUGUCCAGCGAUGAGGAGCCUGAGGAUCAUCCGUCUGACAGACGCACAGCCGGACAGGAGCCGCAUGACGACAGUGACCCAGAAUGUGUGCUGGAGGUGCGUCCAGCGGUUCAGAGCUCGACUCCUGCGCGCCGCAGCAGAGACGCUCAGAGCGGUCACAGGUCCCGUGUGUCCAGCGAGUCGGAGUCGGAGGUUCACAGCACUCGCCCGCAGGUGCGCAGCUCUCCAGCCGACAGCCGCUCGUCCACCGGAGGGAAGCACAGCGCCAAGAGGGCCCGAUGGCGAGACGCGUCAGGGACGCAUGAGGACUGGAGCGACGAGGAGUCUCUGUUCAGCGCCGCUUCAGGUCCGUCCCGCAAGAAGAAGUCCACCAGGAAGCUGUGGACGCUGCAGGAGUCGGACUGGCUGAAGGAGGGUGUGCGGCGCUUUGGAGCGGGACAUUGGGAGCAGAUCCGCGCAGCCUUCCCCUUCACGGAACGCACAGCCUGCAACCUCAAGGACCGCUGGAGGACCAUGGUCAAGCUCAAGAUGGUGUGAGAGUCACACGUGUGCCUUUGACCUCAAUCAUAUUCAAAAGAGAUUUUAUACCGAUGUUCAGAAACUGUUUUAAAACACCGCGUGUGUGAGAGGUUUUCGUUUCUUAUUAAAUGUUCGUUAUGUUCGA